UUUAAUUACAUCACUGGUUGAGAGAUGGCGUCCUGAAACACACACAUUUAUGAUGCCAGUGGGAGAGUGUACAAUUACUCUCCAGGACAUCGGUGUUAUUUCCGGCCUACCUAUUGAUGGAGAUGCUGUUGUAGGUAAUUCUAUUAUCAAUUGGAUGAUGUACUGUCAAGAUACUUUAGGACUCGUACCUCCCGCUAAUAUUAUGCGGGGUAGCUCGUUGCCAUUAAGUUGGUUAGUCGAAAAUUUUAAUGAGCUACCAGAUGAUGCUGAUGAAGAAGUGGUCCAGAGAUAUGCCCGUGCUUACAUUCUGCGGAUCAUUGGUGGUUCCUUAUUUACUGAUAGGAAUCCUAGUAGGGUGAACCUAAUGUUUCUGCCUCUAAUUGCUAAUUUACAUAGAGCAAGCAUGUAUAGUUGGGGUUCAGCUUGUCUUGCCUGGUUAUAUCGAGAACUUUGUCGGGCCAUUGAUCCGAGCGUGUCUCAAUUAGGUGGAGCUCUACACAUCCUGCAGAUAUGGGCAUGGGAACGAUUUAUUUCAAUAUCACCAUCUAUAAAUAUACGAGACCCACAUAAUGAUGCUCCAUUGGGAAGUCGGUGGAGUAAUGCACGACGUAUCACUCAAGUCGUAACACAUGUCUUGCUAGAAAUACGUUAUAAAUUUGACAGAAUGGGUGACCCAGAGAUGGUAUGGGAGCCAUAUUCCGAUGAACUCCUUGCAUCAUUGCCAUUAUAUUGCACGCAAGGACGUGACAUUUGGAGAGCAGUGGUUCCCUUGAUAUGCUUCCACGUGGUAGAAUGGCAUCAACCUGAUAGAGUGUUGCGCCAAUUCGGGAUGCAACAAUCAAUACCACAUCCACCACGCUAGCCAGCUGAUCUUCAUAACACAUCUCUAUUAUCAUCCGACAGUAAUUGGAUUACAAUUCAUGCACAUUGGAUUGCCAUUUGGGAAGAUAGAUGGCAAAGGUUGGUUGAAGCAGCACCAUUACAUGGGCCACUACAUUAUCAUUCCGAGU